CUUGCCGCACAAGGCACAACGCACGUAAAUCCUCUCCCUCCCUCUUCCUCCCUUUUCUCACUCCAGAACCCGCUCUUCUACCUGCUGCUCGAGCAAACGCAUUCAAACAACGCCCGCAGCAUCUGAUUGAUCAAGGCGGACGUAAGGGACAGCACAGCAAUUUUUUGUUAUUUCUUGUUUCCUACUUGACCUUCUCCGAAAAGCAAGGUCCGAAAGUUUUUCAUCAAACCCACAAUCACACAGUCAAGACUUCGAGGUCUAGUCAGCCCAAGUCUUCAGCCUCAGGGCAUUCUCUACGACCACACUCUUUGUACCAUUGUUUUUCCGAUCGACCGAUAACCAACCGCCAAAAUGACGACAAUGGACCUUCGUGUCGGUAAUAAAUACCGCAUCGGCCGUAAGAUCGGUUCCGGAUCUUUCGGUGACAUCUACCUCGGUACGAACAUCAUCUCGGGCGAGGAAAUUGCCAUCAAGCUUGAGAGCGUCAAGGCAAAGCACCCCCAGCUCGAGUAUGAGGCCCGAGUCUACAAGUCGCUCGCAGGCGGUGUUGGCAUUCCCUUUGUCCGCUGGUUCGGUACCGAAUGCGACUAUAACGCUAUGGUUCUCGACCUCCUGGGACCCAGCUUGGAGGAUCUGUUCAACUUCUGCAACCGCAAGUUCUCCUUGAAGACCGUCUUGUUACUUGCCGACCAGCUCAUUUCUCGCAUCGAGUACAUCCACGCCAAAUCGUUCAUCCAUCGUGAUAUCAAGCCCGACAACUUCCUGAUGGGCAUCGGCAAGCGCGGUAACCAGGUCAACGUCAUCGAUUUUGGUCUUGCCAAGAAGUACCGCGACCCUAAGACUCACUUUCACAUCCCUUACCGUGAGAACAAGAACCUCACGGGCACUGCUCGUUAUGCCUCUAUUAACACCCACUUGGGUGUCGAGCAAUCUCGCCGUGAUGACAUGGAGUCUCUCGGCUACGUCAUGCUUUACUUCUGCCGUGGCUCUCUCCCCUGGCAAGGUCUGAAGGCAGCGACCAAGAAGCAAAAGUACGACAGAAUCAUGGAGAAGAAGAUGACUACCCCCACAGAGGUCCUCUGCCGCGGAUUCCCUAACGAAUUUGCCAUCUACUUGAACUACACCCGUUCUCUGCGCUUCGACGACAAGCCUGACUACAGCUACCUCCGCAAGAUCUUCCGUGAUCUGUUCGUUCGUGAGGGUUUCCAGUACGACUACGUUUUUGACUGGACGGUUUACAAGUACCAGAAGAACGCCCAGGCAAUCCGCCAGGGUGAGGACAAGCAGGGCCGUGAGGACCCGUCCCAGCAGGCCCAGGCUGGAACUGCUGCUCAGUCCAGCCGUCCUCGUAACAAGAACAUUAUGGCCGGCGAGGAUACUCCCAACACCAGAGGCGCCGUCGGCGGCAGCGACAGGAUGUGAGUGUUUAGUAAAGCCCAGUUACAAAUCAUUCCUUCCCUCGAUGAAAAUAGGCUGCGUUCGGCUUACAAGAACGCUGAAUCUGCCUACCGACCGAAGUGAAGCAAGGUCCAGUCAGCACACGACACCUUCUGGACUUGUUAAUCGUUGAGCUUGGGAGUAUAACAUCGAGGGCUGCUUUUGAGCAGCACCACGGGCGUGUUGUAUGCCAUCUUUGUUCUCGCCGCAAUCAGUCUCAGUCUCACCUAUCAACCCGGCAACCAAGAGACACAUUACUAGAAUACCACCGCCUAGUAACAUGUGCAAUGAGUCGCUCGGGUCAGGAGUGAGCAUGGCCAUGGGAGGCAACCACGAACCCCACUCAACAACGACGCGGAUUAACAACUUGUUAUUUUCAAUUUAUUUCUUCUGUCGACGGCAUUUCCCACUUUUCCUUUACCAUUGCUCGAUCAGUUCUCGGUUCAAUAGCUCUUAGCAGUCAGCGUAUGGUGACCCAGCCAUUCGCUUCUGCAAGUGGGCUUCAACCCGCGACUGGUGGAACGGCAUGCCCGAUGGCACGGAUUGUUUUGAUGUUACCAGACGGUUUUUUUUCCGAACUGUGCGGACGAAAUUUGAAACACAUCGACUACCGGGCUACUGUGGUGACAUCUUCAAUGUGUCAAUCACGACGCGCAUCGUUUCGACGUGCAUCCGGUCUACGGUAGCGAGGACGCCCGUCGCAACUUAUCCCACUUUGCGGUCAUCGUGGGCGCCUCAUUCCUGCUUAUUCGCGAUCAUUAUCUCCUUGGAUUGUUUUCUUUUCAUUUGAACCGGGAACCUUGGUAUCUCUUUCUUCGCUUUGGUGGUUAUCGCUUCGGAGCCUGCUUGUGGGGAGGAAAUAACGGGGACGAGGGGGUAGUUGAGAGGGCGCAGGCUUUGGGGAUUCAUCACGUGUGCAACAAAGUCGACCUACGAAGUGGGCACGGGCUUUGACCUACGAACGUGUAGGUGGACCGUAUCUUACUUUUGACAACCUACAAAGGCGAUUUUUGCAUCGACACGUGUUGUGGAGAAGAUUGGAAGAUGUUGGCGGGAACACUUGGUUCUUUGCCCAGAGGCUCAAUUAUAUGUGUCUCAAGCUUAGGUCGAGUUUUUUUUCUCACCAUUUCCUUGUCAUAAUAUGGUUUUUGGCAGUUGCUACAAGGUCGACGAGCAGCGGAGGCAGCACCAAGUAUCUCAUUCCCUGGCGCGGUGGCCAUAGAGGACUUGUGUGGCUCGAGUUUCAAGGAUUUGUCCUCAAGGACAUAGCAUUCCUCUCCUCUGAUAUCUGGAUGGUACCUUGUGGAUAGCUGCCGGAACCGGACAAGGCAGUGGGCCAUUACAAAGCAAUAACUAGAUAGGUCUUAACAUUGUGUUUUUCUCCCUAACCAA